AAGAAAGAAAGAGAAAAAGAAGAAACAAAGUUGACGGAGGCAACUGAUCACUUUCUCCGACUCCGACUCCGAAGGGGAUUAGAAGAAGAUGGAACAAUGGGGAGGAUUGUGUUGCACAGGAGCCGCCGCUCUUUAUCUUCUCAGCCGCCGAACUGCAAGGGAUGUUGACUUUCUCACAUCGGCCACUAGGGUUGACCAUCUCAAGGAUUUGGAGAGCAGCAAGGUGUUGCCUUCGAUGAUAAUCGCAGUAUCAGGAGUAGUUGGCUCUGAGACACCCAUCAAGUGUGAGCACAGUGACAUUCUCGCUGUUAUUCUCCAGGAAACUGCAGCGCAACAUUUUCUCAAGCGUAAUUGGAAGUUUUCAUGGGUUCAAGACACUGCUUUCAUGCUCCCCGUCUCUAAGGAAGUCCCUUGGUUUCUGGACGAUGGGACAGGCCGCGUGAUCGUAGAGGGAGCUCAGAGUGCUAUAGGCUUUGCCUUGACCGCCGGUGCUGAAGUUUUAGAAAAGCCAGAGCCAUCUUCCCUUCUUCGUGGCACACUAGAUUAUCUCCGAGGCCUCAAGAUGCUUGGAAUAAGACGCGUUGAGCGUGUUCUCCCUAUCGGUACACCCCUUACUGUUGUUGGUCAGACUAUAAAGGAUGGUGUUGGAGAUGUCAAGAUUCAAAAACCCGAUCAAGGCCGCCCUUUCUACGUCUCCCCUAUACCUCUCGAUCAGCUCAUCUCUAAUGCGGGGAAGUGGUCAAGGAGGUUCAAGAAAGCCUCAAUGGGUUUAGCUAUUGUUGGUGUGAUUAUGAUUUCAAUGCCUGUGAUUCAACAUAUUCUAAUGAGGACAGGAGAUCUUCUAGAGACAAGGCGGCAGCAGCGACUGUUACAGAGAAGAAGAGAUGCUGAUGCAGCUUCUAACAGAGAGAGAGCAGCUGCUGGGAGAGAGGAAGUAGUGGCCGAAGAAGAAUUGGAGAAUAGCUUAGAUGGUAGAAGCACAGAUGACGAUGAUCUCUGUAUAAUAUGCAUUGAGCACAAGUGUGAUGCCAUUUUUAUUCCGUGCGGUCAUAUGUGCUGCUGCUUAACAUGCUCUUUGAUGUUGGAGGGGAAGCCUUGCCCUCUUUGCCGGGGAGGAGAUUUGGUUGUCAAGGUGAUCCGCAAUUGAACACAAAGAGACUCAGCUCUCUGCUCUCUCUCUCUCACAUAUUUGAACUUAAACAUUCAUAUAUGCCAAAGGCCAAUCUUAACCAGCAAACAAACAAUCCUAUCCUUAUUCUCGUCCCUACUUGACUUGUAUUUUGACUUUGAGCAGAAGAACCAACUUUGCAUGGCAAGCUCUUGUUGUAAUUGGAAAAAAGAGUUUUCACGUAAAAACCUCCCACAUAGAGAAUUGAGUCUAUAAAACAUAUUUUAUAUAAAUAUCUGAGAACGUCA